CGCACACUGACUGGCGACAUACCACAGCACCCGCAGCCUGCUCCUGUGCACCCCACCAUGCUGUGCAGCAUUUCUGCCUUGCAAGCCAAGCCGCUGGCUGUCCGCCCAGGGCGUCGGCAGGCUGCCUGUAGUGCAUCGGCAGCACGCCGGGAUGGCGCAGCAGCAGCUAGCCAGAGCGGGCUGGACCGGUCGACCCCACAGCAGCAGCCGCAGUCGCCCAAGCGGCGCGUCGAGGCGGCGGCGCUGGCGCUGGCGGGCGGCGUCACGCUCAGCAACGGCGGCUCCCUGCAGGCCCAGCCAGACAUGGACAUAGACACAGCUGCCUUCCAGGACUACCGAGACAACCCGCCAGCCAGGAAGACCAAAAUAGUUUGCACGAUCGGUCCCACGUCCUGCACCCGGGAGGGCCUCUUCCAGCUGGCAGACGCGGGCAUGUCGGUGGUGCGCCUCAACAUGUCGCACGGCGACCAUGCGAGCCACAAGGCUGUGGUGGACCUGGUCAGGGAGUACAACUCCCUGGGCCGCGGCAACCUGGCGGUGAUGCUCGACACGAAGGGGCCAGAGGUGCGCAGCGGCGACCUGGCGGCGCCGCUGCAGCUGUCUGCCGGGGACAAGGUGACCUUCACCAUCGUGGAGGGCGCCGACGGAACCGACAACCGCAUUGGAGUCAACUAUGACCAGUUUGUGGACGAUGCCAGCGUGGGCGAUAUGCUGCUGGUGGAUGGCGGCAUCAUGAGCCUGCAGGUGGAAAGGAUCACCGACAUAGCGCUUGUUCCCGCGAGAUGCCGACCCGCCCGCUGCGCGUGCCGCUGCCGCAGGCGGCACCUGAACAUCCGGGGCAAAAGCGCCAACCUUCCCGCCAUCACCGACAGGGACUGGGCCGAUAUACGCUUUGGCAUCGAGGUGGGCGUGGACUUCUACGCGCUGAGCUUUGUGCGGGACGCCGCCGUCAUCUACGAGCUGAAGGACGGCACCUCUGCCAUCGGUGUGCUGGCCAAGAUUGAGAGCGCCGACUCUGUGGAGCACCUGGAGGAGAUUCUGGAUGCGGUGGACGGAGCCAUGGUGGCGCGCGGCGACCUGGGCGCCGAGCUGCCAGUGGAGGAGGUGCCCUACUGGCAGAGCAAGAUUGUGCAGGGGUGCCGGCGGCGGGGCAAGCCGUGCAUUGUGGCCACCAACAUGCUUGAGUCAAUGAUCCAGAACCCCACGCCCACGCGGGCCGAGGUGUCUGACAUCGCCAUCGCCGUGAGGGAGGGCGCUGACGCCGUCAUGCUGUCGGGGGAGACUGCGUACGGGCGCUUCCCCUUCAAGAGCCUGGACACCAUGACGACGGUGGCGCGGCGCACGGAGCUGUCCAUGCUGAAGUACCACGGUACCAGGCGCCUGGCCGACCAGGGGCUGGCGGAGAUGUUUGCCUACCACGCAGUCACGAUGGCCAACACCCUGAAGACCAGCCUGGUUGUGUUCUCCCGCAAGGGCAACAUGCCCGCUCUUUUGAGCCACUACCGCCCCGACUACCCCAUCUAUUGCUUCACCGAGAACGAGCUGGUGCAGCGGCGCAUGGCGCUCUACCACUCCGUCACCGCCAUCUACAUGCGCUUCUCGGAGCAGCAGGAGGUCACCUUUGACAGGGCCAUCGGCAUGCUCAAGGAGCGCGGCCACGCCAAGGGCGGCCAGCUGGUGGCCAUCGUUCAGAGCGGGCGGCAGCCCAUCUGGCGCACCGCCUCCACCCACGCCAUCCAGGUGCGCGCGGUGCCACAGGACCCUGCGGAGGACUUGAGCAGCGACGACGAGGGCGGGCCCGUGGCGAAGUUUCCCAUCCAGCAGCAGCAGCCGGAGAGCUGAGCCCGUAGCAAGUAUCCCACCCGGCCGCGCCACAGCAGCGCUGUGCGGGCGCCCUCCCGGCAGCGGCUGAUGCUGGGUGGUGCCCCCUGUCGGGGUCUGGUGGAGCGCCGGCCGGCGCCGCCAUCCCAAGCCAUGCUGCCCACACGGCCGCGCCUUUGUACGAACGAUCCCUGCGGCAGGCCGCCGCGCUAUUUGGUUCUCUUUGCCCCUCUUUGCCGUGGUUUUCCCCCUCUCCCAGCUUUCGCAUUGUACGAUUGAUUGACUGAUGUGUUGCGUGUGACAGUUCAGAUCAAAGAACAAUAAA